AUCACCAGGAGAGAGACAGACAUAGAGAGGGCGAGAGAGAAAAAGAGAGACAGAGGGAGAGAAAGAGAGAGAGAGAGAAGGGGUGGGAGGACAGCACUCACACUAUAAAGACUGUGCCGUCAGUCAUUCAGUCAGUCAGACCACACGCCAGUCAACUCUGUGGACCAUCAACGUCAACGAGCUGUGAGGAGAGACCUUCAGUCCUCGCAGGGUAACGACACACCAGAGGCCAGUAAUAUGCCAAAUAUGAUCAAUUGAUGACUGAACUCAGAUAUCCAAGCUGAAGUCCACCUUGUUAAAGGCUGUGGUCCACCUCUCCAGUUGCGUGGUGUCUCGAUAGAAAGUUCAUCGUCAGCAGAGUCACUCGCGAUACUUUUGGAAAAGUUAUCAACAAGUGAAGAGAAAACAAUUUUCAUCUUUAUCGCCACUUAUCUAAACCCUACUCGUGGAUCGAAACUUAAAAUGUCCAGAGGAAAAGCCGUUUGUUGUGCUCAGCUGACCCUGCUGUUGGCCGCUGUGGUGGGCUGCGUGCAGGUGCCAGACCUCUCUUUGACUCUGACCAGUGAGAGGACCACAAUCGAAAGGACGUAUGAACUGACCAAGUACUUGGAGCAUCAGCUGAAGGAUAUCAAAGACACCUAUCUCUCCUACCUGGGGCCUCCCUUCAGUGACCCGGAUUUCUCGCCACCAAGGCCCAAUAGCUCGUCGCUGUCGGUGCCCAGCGCGGCCACGCGCGUGGAGCUGUGGCGCGGCCUGGAGAACGGCGCGCGGCUGGCGCAGAACCAGCGGGCGUACCGCGUGCUGCUGUGUGCCAUGCGCGAGCUGGCGCGCUCCACGCUGUGCCCGUACCUGCAGAGCUCGCUGCUGCACUUCUGCUCCGGCCUCAACGGCCUGCUGGGCUCCAUCACCGGCCUCAUGCGGAGCCUGGGCUACACGCCGCCGCAGCUCGGAGACGUCCCCCUGCCCCUGCCCGGCGACGGGCAGCCCCUGCUGACCGAACGCGUCCGGUCGGCCCCGCGGGGAGUGGUGACCGGGCAGCACAGCCCGGCUCCCCUCAGGUCCCAGCAUCCGCAUCCGCGUCACUAUGGCGACUACAGGCCGCGCGGCCGCGACGAUCAGCGCUACGGCGGCGGCGUGGUGGCUGGAGGCGCGAGGGAGGAGCCCACGAGGAGGCGGGACAGAGAG